CAUACGUCGCAGAUUAUCGACGUCAUCUCUUUGCCAAGUGGGUCUUUUGGAUCAGCAAAGAAAACCACGCAUUCACCCUACUGUUGAGAGGUUGAAGUGAUCUGCCUGUCCCUUUCACGUUCAAAUAAUGAAUUCACUUCUCAAAGUAGACAAUGAACUCAAAGUCAAGGUGGAUUCGUUCAGAGAGCAGAUAACAGCAGAGGCUGAAAAUCUGGUCGCAAGCUUUUUCCCCAAGAAGCUGCUGGAACUUGACAGCUUCUUGAAGGAACCUAUAUUAAAUGUCCAGGACCUGAAGGAGAUUCAGUCUGAGAUCACCUUGAUUGUGCCUGACCCCGUUACUUUCACCAACAGUCAUGAUGGUAUGGAGGUGAAUGCCAAAAAGAGAAAACACGAGGAUGGAAUUGGAGAUGACAAUAUUCAAGGAUCCAAAGCCCUGGCGAUGCCAGGCGGCAUGCUGAAGUGUAAUGGCCAGUUGGUCGACCUGAUAGAGCGCGUGAAGCCAGAGAUUCGCACCCUCAUUGAGAAGUGCAACACUGUCAAAAUGUGGGUUCAGUUGCUUAUCCCCAGAAUAGAAGAUGGCAACAACUUUGGUGUGUCUAUUCAGGAGGAGACCGUGGCUGAAUUGAGGACCGUAGAGGGAGAAGCUGCAUCUUAUCUGGAUCAGAUUUCCAGAUACUACAUAACCAGAGCAAAACUGGUCUCCAAAAUUGCCAAAUACCCACAUGUGGAGGACUAUCGCCGCACCGUGUCUGAAAUUGAUGAGAAGGAGUAUAUCAGUCUCAAGAUAAUUGUGUCCGAACUACGAAAUCAAUAUGUGACUCUGCAUGACAUGAUCCUGAAGAACAUCGAGAAGAUCAAGAGGCCGAGAAGCAGCAACAAUGAGGCCCUCUACUGACCUUUGACCUUUGUCACAGCAGUCCUAGUCAGUGGGGAGAUUCAUCUUCGGGGGUCUCGGUUCUGUGGAUGAUCACAGAACAUUCUGUGGACCUGCGAUGCAAACCUAGAGCCAGAUACCAUUAUGGCUCCAUGGCUGCUUGAAAACCAAACCUUGGAACACUCACACACACUCACACACACUCACACACACUCACACACACUCACACGCACUCACACGCACACACACUCUCUCUCUCUCUUACCCCGUUUCCUCAUUAUAUAUAGAUGUAACUCAUGAACUGAAUGGAAGGUCAACCUUUAACUGCUGGAUCUCUUGGAUCAAGCUGGCUUGAACUGGACUUUAAGUUGCACCCCCUCUUGUACAAGAGGAUGCAUACAAAUGAUUUAUUUUCUUCAAUGAAAAUUUGAUCAUGUAUGCUCUGUGUCAUUACUUAAGUGAACCUGGCCAAGUUUUAUUUAAGGUUUCAUUACUUUUUAUUUUUAUUGUUUUCUUUUUAUUUGUAUGUCUGUGCUCAUGUAGUACGUAAUAGUACAGUUUGAGUGCCGGUAUGUGUGUGUCUUUUGGUGUAUGUUUUUGUUUUUUGCAUGUGUGUGAGAAAUUGACCAUGUACUUGUAUUUUUGGUCCACUCAUCUUGUAAAAAAAAAAGGUUGUAGAAUACUGCUAAUUGAUGAACUGUGGGUAGGAUGCUGCACGUGCAGUGGUGAUGUCUCAAAUCAGUAAUGACAACAAACAAACAGAAAAAAAACCCCGUUAUGUAUGUUUCUCUGAACAGGCCCAAUGUCAUUUUCACUCUAUGAGGAAAAAAUGAAUGUUAUUCAGUCAUCCCAUUUAGAGGGAUCUGUUUGGUCUUGUUUUAAGAUUUAAGACUUAUUUUACAUAAUAAAAUUAUUUUAUGAGGAA